AAAACUACACCAGAUUUUGCAAAAUAUUGCUAACGUUUUGUUGUUCCGUUCUUGAUUAAUGUCGAUAUUGGCUGGUGUCGAUAUUUGCACGUUAUCGAAUUGACAACCACACACGAGUAUUACAAAACAACGUUGCGAGACUUGCUGCAAAGCAUCACAACUCUCAUUCGCAACUAUGUCAACACAUUAAAAAGCCAGACACCAAACCUCAUAACACAAGCAAAUCGACUAUGGGAAUUGAGACAGCGGCAACGUUUAGUCAUGGGUGUCGAGGCAGCAGCUGCGAAUAAUCUGCUUACAGCUAGUAACGCCGUAUACCAACAAAUUUACCAGGCAAUACAAAGUCUGCUUGAAGCGUUAGAUGAGAUUGCUAAGCACAUUGAAGAUUUCGAACGCAUAAGCAAUGAACUCAGGGAGGAAGCACAGCAGAAUUGUGAACUGCCAACACUUUCCCACUGCACUGCAUGGUUAUUGCAAACGCUGAGCGUUCUGCAAACCCAGGCGAAAUAUUUGGAACUUCACACACGUUCACUGCAUCCAGCGGCAAUCGAGAGCACAACGGCAAAACAGCUGCAGAAAGACCUGCAGCUAGUCAAGGAAUACGAGCUAAACAUUUGCAUGGGCAUUGCAAAAGCGGAGCGACAACAACUUGAUAUUUUGCCGCCUUUGGCGAUAACAAUAUGACCACAAUUAUUGCAAAUAAGCACAUCGUAUAAAUACUACAUAUUUAUAAUAAACUUGAGAACAAUUGCAAUUUAUUUGCUAGCAAUUCUCGAAGAUUUUGUUGCUGUUGUUGUUGCAGAGCAAGCCACUGUUUUGAAGUUCGGUUCACAGAUAUCACAAAACAAAAAAUGUUUAAAAAAAUAAAUACAACUUGGGCGUGUUGUUAACGUUUUAAGCACUGAAAUACUUGAAAUUUAUUUACAACAUUUCAAUUGGGUUGAUUUCAUUUCAUUGCAUUUCUCGGGAUAGUUUUAUGAUGUUGAUGGUGUUGUUAUUCCAACCUAACCGCUGUGUCGCGAAAUUCCAAAAUGCAAAUCCUGAUCUAAAAAUGUGCAAGAGGGGGAGAGGUAGGUUAAAUAGUGCAACUAGAGUUGUAGAUUAUCGUUUUCACCACUUACAUUAUCAUAAACAAAUCCCAAGCGAGUAGCACUCUUAGUUUUUAGCGUAAUCUUCUGGCUUCACGUUCAGAUUCCAGCAGCGUCAGAAUGUCGCCCUCACGCACGGGUCCCUUAACGUUGCGAAUAAUUUGGCGGUUCUGUUCGCCAAGGAAUUCAACCUUGACCUGUGUACACUGACCCUGGGAGCCAGUGCGGCCAAGAACCUUCAUGACGCGAGCCCAAACAACUGGUUUAUCCAUAGUUUUUCAGUUAUUUUUCUCGAAGAGAAUUAACGUGCGAGUUGCGCUUCAAUUGACAGACGCAAGCGAAAA